AUAUUCAUUUAUUAAGUACUAGAAACAGUAAUAUAUAUACAUAAUGUUAUGCAAAUACAUAAAGAAGAGGUCAAAUUAACACAUUCACAUAGUCGAACAGGUAAAUGUAUCGGCAUCGUUGUGUCGUAUGGUUUUCCUUGCCCCACCCUUCUUUUUCGUAUCGUAAUGCUGCACACCUUGAUUUCGUGUAUUACGUACUUUUGCACCUCACGGAUAUGAGAUAGGUCAUAUCACAACAGUUGUUAUUAUAUAUUUAUAAGUAUAUAAAAAUAGUCGAAUGAAUAUUCAAUACAAUGAUUUGGCAAUUAAUUAUUGUGGAAAGUGAAAAUGAAUUCACAGGACACAACCGAUAAUGUCUCAACAAUAAAUUCACCUAACAUAUCUACAAGAACCAAAAAUUGGGUCCAAUUUGAAGAUGAAACACCUGUUAAAGAUAAUGGCACUUUGGAAGAAAAAACUAAAAUAAGUGCUGCAGCUGUAAUAAAACCUGAAUCAGUUACAGUAGAUGUUGAGAAAAUUGGUAAAAAUGUUGAUAAAGUAGAUAAUCGACAAAUGAAAAACAAUGAGUAUAAAGGAGCUGUGAUAUCAACUGAAUCCGUCCAGAUUAAUUUAGAUAGAUCAGGCUUAAGUCGGUCUAUCACAUCCGAAAGUCCAGAUCUUAAUUUGCCGUCCGAAAUAAAAGUUUCCGAUCCUAAAAGUGCUUCUCUGAAAACAAUCGAUCUCCGAGAUGUGUCUAAUGGCAGAAGUGCUAUAAAUAAUAUUAUAAGUACACCUAUUGGAAAUAUUAGACAAGGUUUUGCUAAUGGGGAUACUAUAGUUACUCUUUUACCAGUUAAUACUAGAUGGCCAUGGAUCACUCCUGCCAAAUUUCGACCAGAAUUAGUUCCAGAGGAAUUAAUGGCUCAAGGCUUAACGCUUACAGUAGAAGAUUACGUACAUAUUAUGGAGUUGCUUGUGAAUGAUGUACGUUUUAAUAUGUACAAUGUAUGCUACAAAAGAAUCCUUGUCCUUUGGAUAUUUACUGCAUUUAUUGUAUUGCUUGGCUUAUUAUUUUCUGGAGUAACUGGCCUUACUUUAUUUGGGCUCGGCAUUAUGUGGUUAGUCCUAAAUGCUGCUGCAAUAUUCUUUUGCAUGUUUAUCAAGAUAAAAUUAAAUCAUAAUCUUGAGAAAUGUAUGGCUCAAGUCAACAAGCAUUUACUUCGACAUAAAAUAUUGCUUGGAUUGGAUGAUAGAGGGAAGAUUUCUUGUCACAAAGUCAAUCUCUGUUUUAUAUAUUUUGAUACCACAGAUUGCAUCAAAAAAUUACAAGAAGUUAUAGAACGUGAAGAACGCGAGGGAAGAAUAAUCGGCGAAGAUGGAAAUUCUGAAAUGCGUAGGAAAAGGGAAUUACAGCAGCGAAUGGAUAUUGAUGAUAGCGAUAUUGUCAUACAGGGCAGCACAACCACUAGAAUCUCUCGUAAGCAGGAACGGGCGGAGUUGCUGUUGCUGAGGUAUGCAUCUCGAUGGGCACACCACUUUGUGCGCCGCAGACUUGAUCUGGUUAUAGACUCACAGGAACGAAAUAGAGACAUCGCCGGUCUAUCUGUUUCUCCACGACAUUGUGUCUCCGCCCGUUGUCCUUGUCAAUUCAUUGAGGACCAUCUCAAAUACAAGCCUAGAGGUAUUUGUUACUAACCACUGACUAAUCCAGGGAUCUGUUGCUUGCAUGCAGCUGGACAAAAGACAGUGUGCUUUGAUAUUUUAUCUCGCAAUCAUUCACAUAUUGUGAAUACAUGAAAAUCAUUCACAAAUUGGUACAGGUGUAAGUAUAGCUUAACUUGUAUUUUCGCCAUAUACAUACAUGUUUAAAUGAACACAUUACGAUUUACGAAAAUACAUUGCUUUAUAUGCACUUAUUUAUGUACAUAUUACUUUAUUUAUGUUUCAUAACUACAAAACUUUGCUAUAAAGAAAAAGUUCUUUGUAGAAAUUAAUUGUUAAUUAUAUAUUGUUUUAAACUAGUGAUACAGAAUACUAAUUUCAAAUA